UGUUCAACAGGAUGCAAUGGCCUGGCUGUCGCUUGCUACGCCGGCGCCGGGUUCACAUUCGGAGUCGCGCUCCCUUUAGCACCUCCUGCGGUGAUUGCAUGUAAUGUUGCCCUUGGGGGGUGUAUGGCAGCUUGUGCCGUGAUCGCGCUUGCACCCACUCUAUGA